AUGUCAUCUUCCAUUGAGGCUCUUGCAAUGGCUGGUGCUAAUUAUCUGGAAUGCAACAUUGAUUUGAAAGAGUUGGAAAAGAAAGACCAAGAGCCACCACCAUGCCACUUACAAGCUGAAACAUUCGAGAGGGAUAUUGAGUACUUAAGUUCCCUAACUCUGAGCUUACCCAGUUUUCGCAGUCUAAAGUUUGAUGAAAAACGAAAGGGUAGGAACCAGUUGAUGCAGGGAGACAGCCUUGUAACCAAGAGGAUGGAAACUAGGGUUUUGAAGAAAUCAGGGGAAGCGAUGACAAAAAGGAUGUAG